AUAAAUUUGUCAAUUUGUCAUACGCGUCGGAGAUGUGUCAGUGGGUGAUCGUUGCCGUGUACAUAUUUGUGUCGUAAAUGUGGUGUGUUUCGGUGAUAAUGAGAAAACCUACGCUGGACACCAUUAUUAUUAAGUGAUGAAUGCUUUUUAAGUUCAGUGUCUCGUUGUAAUUGUUUUCAUUUGUAUGUCAUCGGACUUGGCAACAUGGCGGCCCCCCGUCAAAAAUCACAACAGAAAAACAUCUCUUCGAUAUUUUCGAAACUACACGGCGCCUUUUCCGGUGCCGUGUGCCCUACGAAGCUGGCGACGGAUAAAAGAACCUUGAAUAAGACGUGGGAGUUGAUGGAUAAAGUGGUUAAACUGUGUCAGCAUCACAAGAUGAACUUGAAGAAUAGUCCCCCUUUCAUUUUAGAUAUUUUGCCGGACACAUAUCAGAGAUUGCGUAUUAUUUAUUCUAAAUAUGAGGAUAAUAUGCAGGCGCUGAAUAGCAAUGAACAUUUUAAUAUAUUUAUUAUAAACUUGAUAAGGAAGUGUAAGCAGGCUAUAAAGUUAUUCAAAGAGGGAAAGGAAAAAAUGUUUGACGAGAAUUCUCACUAUAGAAGGAAUCUGACGAAGCUGAGUUUGGUGUUUAGUCAUAUGCUGAGUGAGCUGAAGGCAAUGUUCCCGAACGGCACGUUCGCGGGAGACCAGUUCCGCAUAACGAAGAGUGAUGCAGCAGAGUUCUGGAAGACCAACUUCGGAAACAGCACCCUGGUCCCCUGGAAGCUGUUCCGAGAGGAGCUGAACAACGUGCACCCAAUAUCAUCCGGCUUGGAAACCAUGGCUCUCAAGACCACCAUCGAUCUCACCUGCAACGACUUCAUAUCUAAUUUCGAGUUUGAUGUCUUUACUAGGUUAUUCCAGCCCUGGAGUACGCUGCUACGGAACUGGCAACUGCUGGCGGUCACACAUCCCGGCUACGUCGCGUUCCUGACAUACGACGAGGUCAAGGCGAGGCUGCAGAAGUACAUACACAAGGCUGGCAGUUAUGUUUUUAGAUUAUCAUGUACAAGACUGGGCCAAUGGGCAAUAGGUUACGUGACCGUCGACGGAGAGAUUCUACAGACCAUCCCGCAGAACAAGAGUUUGGUUCAAGCUCUGCUAGACGGGUAUAGAGAGGGAUUCUACCUAUACCCUGAUGGAAGAGACGUGAAUCCAGACUUGAGCAGCGCCAUCAUAUCGCCAGCUGAAGACCAUAUCACCGUCACUCAAGAACAGUAUGAACUUUAUUGUGAGAUGGGAAGCACGUUUCAACUGUGUAAGAUCUGCGCCGAAAACGACAAAGACAUCAGGAUAGAGCCUUGCGGACAUCUUCUAUGUACACCGUGUCUCACCGCUUGGCAAAUUGACUCAGAAGGCCAGGGCUGUCCGUUCUGCCGCGCGGAGAUAAAAGGCACGGAACAAGUUGUUGUGGAUGCCUUCGUGCCGCCGCGGCCGCCUAACACUUCGGGUGAAAAACACACAAAGACUGCUGUAAAACAAGUAUCUUCGAAUUCGUCAGGUUCAUCAGGGUCGUCCGGUUGCAAUGGAUCAAGCGUAGACGUCACAAUAUCGAGCAACGCGAGUGCCAACGGCUGGUCCUCAAGGAACACUACUUUCAACGGGCUGACGGACGACAUUGAUGAUGCAGAGGACUGGUCAGAGUUCAACGCGGCGCUGUCAACAAUCGCGGCGCUCCGGCCCGCGCGCUCGCCCGUGGCGUCCCCGCGCCACUCCCCGCGCGCCGCGCGCCGCGCGCCCCAAGAGAACGCCUACGGGGAGCUGCGCGCCCCGCCCCUGCCGCCCAGGAAGAGCCUGUCGCCUAUAGAACAGGGGCUCACCGCUUGCAGCGUGCAGGAUAUAUCGGUUGCUAGUGCACAAGGGCCUUCACACAUAGCAGAGCCUAGGAGACGAUCCUCACUAGAACCUGAACCGGAUUCCAGGCAUCGGCUGACCUCCAUCAUCACAGGGUCUACAGAAACAAUUACAGGAAUCAUUGAUACCCGACAUGAAGUACCACCAGACCCAAGAGCGUUCGAGAAGCCUCGACGAGCGAACACACCGCAGUCCAACAGUCGACCCCUCCCGGCACCCCCUCCUGAUAAUUCUGACGACCGGCCUGACAGAUCUGACAGGCUACCCGAGAGAUCUGACAGGCUACCUGAAAGAACAGACAGGGUUCCCGAAAGGUCAGAAAGGAUACCCGAAAGGUCGGAUAGAAUACCUGAUAGAUCGGAUAGAUUACCUGAUAGAUCGGAUAGAUUACCUGAUAGAUCGGAUAGACUACCUGAAAGAUCGGACCGACCCGAUCGAGAAAGAACUGACAAACCAGAAAGAGACAGAAUACCAAUACCAACAGAGCGAGAACACAGGCCUGUCCCUGCAGAGAGGGGCGAUAGAAUACCCCCCAUACCUGCUGAAAGAGAGCAUAGGAUAGAAAACAGGAUACCUGAUAGUAGAGAGAAAGUAGUGCCUUUAGAUAGACUAGAAUUCCCACCUGUCAUACCUGAAAAACCUGACAGGAUAUUUGACAGGGUUGAAAAUAGAGCACCGCCACGGCAAAGGUCGUUGCCCACAAGCACUAGCGCAGGAGACAUCCAUCCCACUAAAUCAACCACGAUGCCAAAAUUCCCUUCUGAAGAGAAAGACCCGCCGUAUGAGAACGUGGCGGCGGAAAGAAAUGAACUAGCUGUAGCACCCAAGAAAUUCAACCCGCUGACGCACGACAAAAACGGCCGAAAAUACGGUGAGAACGUAUCGUAUGAGAAUAUAAAUUUAGACUACAUAGCUCGUCUAGUAGGCGAGGGUUAUCCCAAAGACAUCGUAGUACGAGCAUUAGGCAUUACUAGAAACGAUUUAGAAAUGGCGUGUGAUAUUUUACACGAAUUCGGUUCGAAAGUGUCUAAUAAGUGCUAGUUUUAAAACUUAGUUCAAUCACUUAGAAUGAUGGGGAAACGUUAGACUAAAUUUAAAUCGUGUUCCAUUUUUGGAACAUGGUUUAUGCUAAGUACCACAUUUGGAACGUAAGGUUUAGUCUUAUGGGAGAUUGUUUCAGAUAUAAGUGUGUUGUAUCGUAUGUGCCAUAUUUGGAACAUACUCGCUUGUUUAAUAAGUUCGUAUGGUAUAUGGAUUCCUGAAUAUAAAGUACAAACAUUGUUAUAAAUUGGUGUUUAUAAUAAACUUCGAAUUACGAGUGUGAAUAUUGUUCCGAAUAUGACACACACUAAAAAAGGUUAACUUGACAGUCUAACGCUUUACCAUCACAACCAUCUCAUUAGUUUACCACAUUUUAGUUUUAGGCCGCGUUUGCUCACAAGAUAUCAGCUUUAUUUAUUAAAUCGCAAAUUGUACAUUUUGUGAUAAUAUCAUUAACACCAAUUUUGUAAGAAUCGUCAUUGUAUAGACUCAUAUAGACAACUCUGAAAGCAAUAGUGAUCGUUCCUACUUCAACUUAAGAGGCAUUUUGUAGUAACUGUACAUUUUCAAACUUUAAACUCGUUCUUGAGCAUUUCUUUUUUUUUUGCCAAUAUUUUUUUUUUAUUGUUUUAGGGAGUUUUAGGUCAAUUGUACUCAGAAUCACGAGUACUUUCAAUCUCACUGGGAGACAAAAAG